UAUUUGGGCUGUUUGAAAGAACGAUAGGAGAGUACGAGGAGCAACUUUGUCGUUCAAAAGAGAAGAACGAGCGACAACAGAAAUUACUGGACGCUGUUUUCAACCCUCAGAUUCAGCUACACAGAGCAGACAUCCAGCAGCUGUCGAUGGGUGAAGAAGAGUUUUCCUCUGAGCAGCAGGAGAGGAGCUGCAGUCUGGACCAGGACCAGGACCAGGAGGAGCCAGAGCCGCCACACAUUAAAGAGGAACAGGAGGAACCUUGGACCAGUCAGCAGGGAGAGCAGCUUCAGGGGCUGGAGGAGGCUGAUAUCACCAAGUUCACAUUCACUCCUGUCCCUGUGAAGAGUGAAGAAAAUGAAGAGAAACCUCAGUCCUCACAGCUUCAUCAAACACAGACUGAACAGAUGGAAACAGAAGCUGAUGGAGAGGACUGUGGAGGACCAGAACCAGACAGGAACUCUGAUCCAGAUCCACAUUUACAACCUGAUACUGCAGACUCUUCUGUACCUGAGACUGAUGACAGUGGUGAUUGGAAGGAGACCAGAGAACCUCAGUCAGAUUUGGACUGUUUGAAAAAAGAUGGCUACCCUGUCAGAGAUUCCUCGUUUCGUGCUGGUGAGAAACGAUUUAGCUGCUCUGAGUGUGGGAAAAGAUUUGGCCACAAGUACGAUCUGAAGAGACACAUGAUAAUCCACACAGGAGAGAAACCUUUCAGCUGCUCAGUUUGUCAGAAAACUUUUACACGGAGUGAUACUUUAAAGGAACACAUGAGACUCCACACAGGAGAGAGACCUUUGAGCUGCUCAGUUUGUAAGAAAACUUUUACAGAGAGUCGACAUUUAAAGGCACACAUGAGACUCCACACAGGAGAGAGACCUUUCAGCUGCUCAGUUUGUAAGAAAACUUUUACAUGGAGUGGAUCUUUAAAGUCACACAUGAGACUCCACACAGGAGAGAGACCUUUCAGCUGCUCAGUUUGUCAGAAAACUUUUACACGGAGGGAAACUUUACAGAUACACAUGAGACUCCACACAGGAGAGAGACCUUUCACCUGCUCAUUUUGUGGUAAAGGUUUCAAUGGAAGUUGGGAUCUUAAGACACACAUGAGAGUUCACAGAGGAGACCAACCUUUCAGUUGCCCAAUUUGUAGCAAACAAUUUGCCUGUGGUUCACAGGUCAAAAAACAUAAAUGUGCUGGCCACUCGUCCUCAAAGUUUCAUCAAACUAAGGAGAACAAAGAGGCAGAGCCUCUUGACAGCAGCCCUCAUGAAGAGAUGAAAACAGAAGCUGAUGGAGAGGACUGUGGAAGACCAGAAGCAGCCAGAAACUCAAAUCCAGAUGAACCAGAAACUGAUGAGGAUACUGGAGAUUCUCCUGAACCUGAGACUGAUGACAGGGGUGAUUGGAAGUGAACAAGCAAAACUCAGUCUGCUGUAAAUUCUUUGCAAAAGGUCCUCAUCAGUGACAAUUAAAGCCUUUUUAUUAACCCCUUGGACCUUUUGGAGGGUGUGGUGGAUUCAGUUUGAAGGCUACAGAGAAGAUCAUCACAUAUUGGUUUGAAACUAGAUGAUCUUAGGAAUCCUUUUGUGCAAAAUAUGUUGUCAUCUCUUGUUGGGAAGGGGGUGAAAUUUGAUGUUUAUUUGUCUAAUGAGCAUCUUUAGAUUUUUGUUUUAGAGGGUUUUUUUUGUUUUUCAAAACAGAAGUUCACAAACUGAUAUUUUAUUUAAAUAUUUGAUUGUAGAAGUGUAACAAUUACAACUUUAUUUUUUUAGCAGCAAAACAAAGUAAAGACAUUCUUAGUAUACCAAAGUUGCCUGAAACUUGUCCCUUCUUCAGUCUGUGGCACGAGGAUAGGCAUGCUAUGUUUUAAUCUAUGCCAGAAAUCCCUAAACCAGCUAUCCCUGUUAUGUGAUUUCAGAGGCCUGUAUU